AAGAUGCCUGAAGAUCAUCCAAUGGAGGAGACGGAGACCUUUGCAUUCCAGGCUGAGAUUGCACAGUUGAUGUCCCUGAUCAUCAACACCUUCUAUUCCAAUAAAGAAAUCUUCCUGAGGGAACUCAUCUCCAACUCGUCUGAUGCUUUGGACAAAAUCCGUUAUGAGAGCCUGACCGACCCCUCCCAGUUGGACACUGGCAAAGAUCUGAAAAUCGAAAUCAUUCCCAACAAAGAUGAGCAUACCCUCACCCUGGUUGACACUGGGAUAGGCAUGACCAAGGCAGACCUGAUCAAUAAUCUGGGCACUAUCGCCAAAUCGGGCACUAAGGCUUUCAUGGAGGCACUGCAGGCCGGAGCUGACAUCUCUAUGAUUGGUCAGUUCGGUGUGGGCUUCUACUCUGCCUACCUUGUGGCUGACAAGGUGACGGUCAUUACUAAACACAACGAUGACGAGCAGUAUGUGUGGGAGUCGUCAGCCGGAGGUUCCUUCACUGUCAUGGCAGAUAAGAUUAAUGAACCGAUUGGUCGUGGAACCAGGGUUAUCCUUCACCUGAAGGAUGACCAAAUGGAAUAUGUGGAGGAGCGGAGGAUCAAAGAGAUUGUGAAGAAGCAUUCGCAGUUCAUCGGCUACCCCAUCACACUUCAUGUUGAGAAAGAACGAGAUAAGGAGGUGAGUGAUGAUGAGGCAGAGGAGGAGGCUGAAGAGAAGAAGGAAAAAGACGAGGAAGAGCCUGACGAUGACAAGCCAGAAAUGGAGGACAUAGGCGAGGACGAGGAUGAGGAUGAAAAGUCUUCUGACAAGAAAAAGAAGAAGAAGAUCAAGGAGAAGUACAUUGACCAGGAGGAGCUGAACAAGACUAAACCUUUGUGGACGCGAAAUGCUGACGACAUCACUAACGAGGAGUAUGGCGAGUUCUACAAGAGCCUUACGAAUGACUGGGAGGAGCACCUGGCCGUCAAGCACUUCUCAGUGGAGGGCCAGCUAGAAUUCCGUGCCCUGUUGUUUGUGCCUCGUCGUGCUCCUUUCGAUCUCUUUGAGAACAAGAAGAAGAAAAACAAUAUCAAGCUGUACGUGCGCAGGGUCUUCAUCAUGGACAACUGUGAUGAGCUCAUUCCAGAGUACCUCAACUUCAUCAAGGGUGUGGUUGACUCAGAGGAUCUUCCCUUGAACAUCUCUAGAGAGAUGCUACAGCAGAGCAAGAUCCUCAAGGUCAUCCGCAAGAACCUAGUCAAGAAGUGCCUGGAACUCUUUACAGAGCUUGCAGAAGACAAGGACAACUACAAAAAAUGCUAUGAGCAGUUCUCAAAGAACAUUAAGCUUGGCAUCCACGAGGAUUCCCAGAACAGGAAGAAACUGUCUGAGCUACUGCGAUACUACACCUCCGCUUCUGGAGAGGAGCUGGUAUCUCUGAAGGAUUAUGUGACACGCAUGAAGGAAAACCAGAAACACAUCUAUUACAUCACAGGUGAGACCAAAGACCAGGUUGCCAACUCUGCCUUCGUGGAGCGCCUCCGUAAAGCUGGCUUGGAGGUCAUAUAUAUGAUCGAGCCUAUCGAUGAGUACUGCGUCCAGCAGCUGAAGGAGUUUGAGGGCAAGAACCUUGUGUCCGUCACGAAGGAAGGUCUCGAACUGCCUGAGGACGAGGAUGAGAAAAAGAAGCAGGAGGAGAAGAAGGCUAAUUUUGAAAAUCUGUGUAAAAUUAUGAAAGACAUCUUGGAGAAAAAAGUGGAGAAGGUCAUAGUUUCGAACCGCCUGGUCUCGUCUCCCUGCUGCAUUGUGACCAGCACAUAUGGCUGGACAGCCAACAUGGAGAGGAUCAUGAAGGCCCAGGCGCUUAGGGACAAUUCCACCAUGGGCUAUAUGGCAGCCAAGAAGCACUUAGAGAUAAACUGUGAGCACCCUAUCAUGGAAACCCUGCGUCAGAAGGCAGAGGUGGACAAGAAUGACAAGUCUGUGAAGGAUUUGGUCAUUUUACUGUUCGAGACUGCGUUACUGUCAUCGGGCUUCACGCUGGAUGACCCGCAAACACACUCCAACCGUAUCUACAGGAUGAUCAAGCUUGGUCUUGGCAUCGACGAAGAUGACCCCACUCCGGAUGAAGUGACAGACCCUGUUGAGGAAAUUCCUCCGCUGGAAGGAGACGAUGACACAUCCAGGAUGGAGGAAGUAGACUAA